AGGGCGCCGUGUUGGGCCCCGGGGUGGGGUCUGAGUGAGUGGAGUGGGAAACUCUUGACCAGAGUGUGCCGCCUGUGAGGUGACAGAGGCCAUGGGGCUCUCGGGCCAGGGCUCUCUGGUAAGCGGGGACCCAGGCCUGGUCAGGAAGAGCGGCUGGGCUUGGGCGCUGUGAGCCUGCUGGCCUGGGCAGCCCAGAAACAGGGUGGCCGAGCCAGGUCGCUGCUGCCGGCCGCCAUGGGCUCGUCUCUCCACGGGAACUGAGCCUGGCCUGGGCCUGUCCCUCCCUCCCCAGCUGCCCUCAUCAUGUAAACUGGUCCCCUAGACCUGGGCGUGACAUGGUUCCUGUGCACGCAGUGGUUUGAGGGCAGGAGGCUCUCAGGGAAGCUUCCAGGAACAGGGGAUGGGGGAGGAGAGGCCCAGCCUGGCUUCACCCUCUCCAGCUCUGGGGUGGGGGCCAUGCUGGCCCCAGCCUGGGCUGUUCCUGCCCCCUUUCCCGCAGAGAAGGCAGCAGAGACACCCGGCCACUGUCAGGAGGUGGGAGGCUAGCUGAAGCCUGGGGCUUUGGUACCAGUGCUGGGGCAAAGUGGGCAGGCUCAGGAAGGCCUGUUGGGCACAGCAGGCAGGGCCCUGGGGUGUGGGGGAGGGCAGUGCCUGGGGAAGGAAGACCUCACAUAAGACGCUGCCGUCAUCACUGACAGUUGUGCCCAGGACUGUCACUGCUGGGCAGGCAUGCUGGCCAGCCCCUCACUUGCUGAGGUCCAGGGAUGGACACAGGUAUCGGGGAUUGGGGCGCUGCAGCCUGCAGGUGGGGGCCAGCAGAGAAGGCUGCAGGUUCGCUGAACGCGGACAGCCUGAGGGAGGAGCAGCUGCACCUGUCCUUGCUGGUGUCCAGCGGCUGGAGGACAAUCCGCUUCCACGUGGUGCCCGUGGUGAGAAGGGGGCUUGGGGUUCCUGCGCUGGAGGGGGCCCAGCAGAUACCUGGAUUCCCCGAGGCCAGCCUGAGAAGGGUCCUCAGCCAAGGAGUGGACCUGGUGCCAGCCAGCGCCCAGCUCUGGAGGACCUCCACUGACUACCUGCUCACCAGGCUGCUGGGGGAGCUGGGCUCCCUGCAGGGCCAUCGCCUGGACAGUCUCUCCGUCCUCGACCGGGUGAACCAUGAGAGCUGGCGAGACGGUGGCCGGACCGACGGCCUGACCUUCAGCCAUCUGAAGAUGGUGCUGCUGUGGGCCUCCACGCUCUUCCCGGCGCCAGAGGACUGGGCGGAGCUGCAGGGCGCCGUGUACCGCGUGCUCGUGGUGCUGCUGUGCUGCCUGGCCACGCGGAGGCUGCCCCACUUCCUCCACCCGCAUCACAACCUGCUGCAGGGCAGCGGCCUGGACCUCGGCGCCGUCUACCAGCGCGUGGAGGGCUUCGCCAGCCAGCCCGAGGCGGCACUGCGCAUCCACGCCACCCACCUGGGCCGCAGCCCCCCGCCGCGCGUCAGCUCCGGGCUCAAGGCGCUCCUGCAGCUGCCGGCCAGUGACCCCACCUACUGGGCCACCGCCUACUUCGACGUCCUGCUGGACAAGUUCCAGGUCUUCAACAUCCAGGAUGAGGACCGGAUCUCUGCCAUGCAGAGCAUCUUCCGGAAGACCAGGACUCUGGGCAGCAAGGAGAGCUGAGCUGGGCCGCCCAGCCUUGGCCACCCAUUCACGGCCGCCCCACAGACUGUACCACACCACGGGAGGUCCUGGGGCAUCUGGGAGAAGGAAUGGGCUGCUCAUGGAGGGGGUGAGGGAGGGAUUUUGUCCCCAGGAGUGGCCUCUGAGAGUCUUUCAGUGCCUGGCGAGGCAGGGCAGUCCUCCUGGAGCACUUCGUCCUGGGGUGAGGGCCUGGAGGCAGGUGCCACGCUUUCCACGUGGUGCCUGUUGACCCAGCCACAUGGUGCUGACAAGAAAGCCACACUGGCUGAGACCUGGGGCUGAGCGCCUGGCCCGGCCUGCACCAUGAGCCAUUCCUUGGUGAUGAAGUGCUGUAUAUUUAGUCUCAAAUAAAUGAACGUGCAGGGCAUACGCAGCAGAAAAGGUACUCUCCACGUCUCGUAUAUCUGUGUGGAAAACAUUUCCCCUAGAAGCAGAAGAGGCCCACGUGCAGAUGGAUAAUUCUGAGUCUUCUCCAUUCUCUACCAAUGACCCCCUUCUCCAGGCAUCCCCACCUCCAACCUUGUUCUUACAGCAAACUCAGGCCAGCAGAGGGGGCACACAGCCAUGAGCCCGCCCGCCCAGGACUAGUCCCAUCUGCGUCUGCCCAUCCCUGGGGAAGU